CCAUUAAAAAUGUCGCUUGCCCGUCGGCUCCAUCUUCAUGAAAGCGAGACAUCCCGACAAGCUGCAAUGAAAUCCUGCGUGCCCGCCGGCCUAUUUUGAUGAAGCCAAACAUCCUGAUUAGCUGCCAAAGCUAUAUAAGACUUCCAAGCCCAUCUAUCCAAAUCCUUCCAACAGAUCGUAGAUAACUUCCACUACAGCUGAAUCUUUCAAUAAUCACAAUGGUUGCCGACAACGAAUUCAAAGGCUGGGCUGGUUUGGACGAGAAGGCCUGCGACGGCCACAUGUCAUUCCAGGAGUUCACUCCCAAGAAGUGGGAUGAAGACGACGUCGAUGUCAAAAUUUUGUACUGCGGUAUCUGUGGUUCAGAUGUCUCCUCUUUAACUGGUGAAUGGGGACCUGUAAAGGACAUCUGCCCCCAGGUUUGCGGCCACGAAAUCGUUGGUGAGGUUGUGAGGGUCGGCACCUCUCCCGAAAACGGCCUUAAGAUUGGUGACCUCGUCGGUAUUGGUGCCCAGUCAGACUCUUGUCGUGAAUGCGAAUGGUGCAAGGAAGGCAAGGAAAACUACUGUGCUACCCAAACCAUCACUUUUAACUACCCCUACAACCGUGGUCCCAAUGGCAAGGGGUCCAUCGCCCGAGGUGGUUUUGCCAAGUACUGGCGAGGACCUUCCAAGUUUGCUGUCCCGCUUCCUUCCGGCCUCGAGCCUGACGUUGCGGCACCUAUGCUUUGUGGUGGUGUCACCGUCUACAGCCCCCUCGCCCGUUUUGAAAUCGGUACCAAGCGCAAGCGCGUCGGUGUCAUCGGUGUCGGUGGUCUCGGUCACAUGGCUAUCCUUUUUGCCAAGGCUAUGGGCGCCGAGGUGACUGCUAUCUCUCGAACUGAUGCGAAGAAGGAGGACGCCUUCAAGCUUGGUGCUACCGAUUACUUUGCUACUGGUGGUGACUUGCAGGAGGCUGUCAAGGCUCGCACUCGAUCUCUCGACUUUAUUCUCUGUACUAUCAACCCUGAAAGCUUCUCCAUCAGCGACUACCUCCCCCUCCUCACCCCCGCCGGUGUCUUCUGCAUCGUCGGCGUCAUCCCCACCCCUUUGCAAGUCCCCGCUUUCCCUCUUAUCAUGAACAGCGCUUGCGUCGCCGGUUCCAACAUCGGUAGCCCCAAGGAGAUUACUGAAAUGUUCGAAUUCGCCGUUAAGCACAACAUUAAGCCUUGGAUCCAGAAGUGGAACUUCGACGAUAUCAACAAGGCGUUGCCUUCUUUCCAAAAAGGUGAUCCUAGGUAUAGGUUCGUCUUGGUCAACGCCGAUAAUGGCGGCAAGCUUUAAGGGACUUGCGAUGACCUUCUGUUCUUAAAAAUUUAACGAGUCAAUAGAGGUUUUUUGGGGUAUAGGUGGUAACAAAAUUUGUCGUCGUAUGUCUA